ACUACAAAAAAACAAGAACACCAACAACAACAUCAAGAAUUGCGGGCAGCUGCCAUUUAUCGGAUAAUGCUUGGAUAAUGCUUUUCAAAGCGCCCUAAACAAUCGAGAACAUGCCAGAGUCUAUUGCAGUAGCAACAACAUCCUAACUAAACGAGCCAAUCCGGUCGCGUUCGGUCGCCCGCAAGAAUCCCUGGCCGCGCAAGGUUAGGCUGAUCCAGAAACGCUCAAAGGUUGCUAGCACGACGCCCUCGCCACAAAAACUUGACCUAAUGACGAUGGCAGAAGGCACCGACCCCAUGGGGCAUCAUCAUCACGCCGCAGGCUCGCACAAUCCCCACCACCACUACCACCAUCAUCCACAUCCCCAUCAGCAUCACCACCAUCCAGCGCAGUAUCACCACCCCAAUCCGCAUUAUGCACCCGCACAGCAGCCACCAGCAGCGGCAGCUGCCUCCCAUUAUGCCCCAUAUGCUCAGCUUCAGUAUCCGCAUGCAUUGCCCCAUCAGCAUUUGCCGCUGGCGCUUAGUCUGCAUCAGCAGGCUGCGGCGGCUGCAGCUUCGGCAGCAGUUGCUGCCGCUGUUGCAAGCGUUGAGCAGCACAACAACAACAACAAUCAGCCGUUUGUGCCCAACAACAAUAUAAUGCCAUGGAAGCAGCGCAAGCGCAAACGUCUCUCAGCGGUGCUCGAUAAGCUCCAUCACAACAACAACAACAAUAAUAACAACAAUAAUAAUACCAACAACAAUAACACAAACAACAACAACAAUGGCGUGGCCUGCAAAACGGAGCCAAUGGAUAUGGAUGAGCGGGAUAUGGAUGAAAUGGAAGAGGACGGCGAUGAUGCCCAAGGAGAAGCCACAGAAGAUGGCAAGCAGAAUCACGAGGCUAACUACAUUAAGCGGGAACAGCGUGACGCACUGACAGCUGCCAGCGAUGAGGAACAGAUCGAGGCUGAGCCUGAGCUAUCCGCAGAGGAGCUCUCGCAUUCGGAUCAGGACGAUCAGGAUAGUCCGCGUAUUAGCAUGAGUCCGCUGCAUGUGGCAGCGACGCCCGCGUCCAAUCCAGCGCCAGAUAGUGCCGCUGCUGCUGCUGCUGCCGCCAAAGAGAAUCCGCUGCACGUGGAUAUCAAGACUGAGCAUAUGCCAAGCCCGUAUGAUCGCUAUUUUCCCAUUCCCUCGCCGCUGUUUGGCUACUAUCUGCAUACCAAGUACUUGAAUGAGGUGUUCCGCAGACGCCAUGAUCUCUAUCCCUCACCGCUGCAGCAUACACCCUCCUCCAUUGCCUCCGAGACGGAGACGUCGCCCACCAGCCACGGCAAGCCACCAAACAGCAACAGCAACACCAACAGCAAUGGCAGCCAACACCCCCGGCAACAACACCAACAACAACAGCAACCGCUGUCCGGCAUGCUGAUGAAUGCAUCGCCACCGCCCUCGCUGCCCUCCCCGCCGCGCAGUGACUCAUCGGUGACCACAACGCAGCCAUCGCGAGUCAGUCCUAAGCCAACCAAGAAGAAGACAUCCUCAUCCGCAGAGAAGCCAAUGCCGCCUCCACAGGAGCGUCCCCUGGAUUUGUGCAUGCGCAGCGAUUUCCUCGGUGAGCCUAAAAAGUACAAAACAGGGACGUCACCGUUGCAUGCAACUACUGCUGCAUCCAUGAUGCCACCGCCUGCAUCGAUGAGCGCCGCUAGUAGUCUCGAGAGCAUGAACGCAUUGUCGCCCGCCUCCAGCACACACUCGAGCACCUCACUAACCAGCAGCAUGCCCACAUCAACACUGGCGCCUCCCUCUGCAAUGUCGCCAUAUGCGAUGACGGCAGCGGCGGCACAUGCAGCCGCAGCUGCGGCAGCAGCAGCCAUGAUCAAAAUGGAGAUGCCGAUGCAUCCGCUGCACUCGCAUGUGCCCACCACAACGGUGGGUGUGCCAGUGAUCAAGGGGGAUGUGGCCUCACCCACCACAAAGGAGUCGGUAGCCUGGCGCUACAAUCUCGAUGUGUCGCCGGUGGUGGAGGAGAUGCCGCCCGGUUCAGAUGUCGCAUAUGUGUGCCCGACUUGCGGUCAAAUGUUCUCGCUGCACGAUCGACUGGCCAAGCACAUGGCCUCACGGCACAAGUCGCGAAAUCCCGCCAAUGAUAUUACCAAAGCCUAUUCCUGCGACGUAUGCCAUCGCUCGUUUGCCCGCUCCGACAUGCUCACCCGCCACAUGCGACUGCACACCGGCGUCAAACCAUACACGUGCAAAGUGUGUGGUCAGGUCUUCUCGCGCUCCGACCAUCUGUCCACGCAUCAGCGCACCCACACCGGCGAGAAGCCGUAUAAGUGUCCACAGUGUCCGUAUGCCGCAUGUCGCCGGGAUAUGAUUACACGGCACAUGCGCACCCACACACGCUACGAAUCUCGUGGUGCUGGUGGGGGUGGUGGAGCUGGGCGUGGUAGUGAGGGGCAAAAGUCACCAUUGCAGCUGCUAGACGUUAAGAUGAACAUGAAUCUGCCGCUGCUGUUGCAACAGGAUGAGCUAAUGCAGAAGUCACCGCUCAAUUUGGGCGGACCCAUGCCCAUUGUGGUAAAGACGGAGAGCGCCUAACGGUAUCUCUAUGCGGCCGCGGCCAGACAGUUCAUGACCUUUUAGAGGCACCACUAAAGUUUGGACCCAGCUUAGUGCCCAUAUUGAUCAGUUUGUAGUUUAGCUGCGCGCAACACUGGAAAUCUCUCUGCGAAGACUGAGAACCUAAUUACUACCUACAGUUAAAGGCAUAGGUUUACAUACAUUUAUAGUUUAAAGAAAUCUAUUUUAAUUUGCACACACACACACGCACACACACAGAGAGAGACACGGAGUUAACUCAGACCACCACCCAACGUAUUAACGUUUAAAUUAGUUGUAGGGUAAGGAGAGCCGAAGAACCCUCAUGGAGACGGGCUUAGUUCGUAUUCGUAGUAUUGUAUUUUUGGAUAAUGUUGUAGACAACGUUCAGAUACAGCUAGCAAUUCCAUGUUCCACAAUUUAGUUAGUAGUUCCGUCACAUACAAAACUUUUAUAAAUAUACAUAUGUAUGUAUGUAUUUAGUUAGCUAGAGGUUAGUUAGCUAGCUAGUUUGAUAGUUAGGCAGAGGUCAAUCGUCGGCCUCUGGGCAUUUUUGAACAACAUUGAAAUUAUUAAGCUAGGCACGCACACAUAGG